UGUUUGUUUAAAUGUUUAUCUUACCACCCCUCUUUACUUUCUCGCUCUUCUCACCAUGUAAACUCCAUUUUCGUCUACAAAAGUCAGUCUUCUGUACGCGUACGACUUCCUCAACGAGAUCAACCAAACUCAACUCAAACACCAAGUUUCAGAGAGGAGAGUCUCUCUGGAUCACCGUCAGAUUCACCACUCUCAUUGUUCGACCUCCAGUUGAAUUUCAGUUUUCGAGCGCUAGGAGUUCUCGAUUUUCCGGCUAUUUGAAAAUCUAGCCGGAAAUCAGUGGAGAACUGAAAAAGUAAUGGAACCGUCAUCGGAGAAGCUCUCGGCGUUGGACGUGCUGGCGGCGAUCUUGAAGGGCGGGAAACUCGAUAGCUCAGUAGAGGCGGCGCCGUCAUCGGCGGUGGUGAUGCUGUUGGAGAACAGGGACCUCGUGAUGGUGCUCACUACAUCCGUUGCGGUGCUCAUAGGCUGCGCGGUGGUGCUGGUGUGGCGGCGGGCGUUAGGAUCGGCUCGAAAGGAGCUGGUGGAGCCGCCGAGGCUGACGGUGACCAAGGCUGCGGAGCCUGAGGAAGUUGAUGAUGGCAAGCAGAAAGUUUCUAUCUUUUUUGGGACGCAGACUGGUACCGCAGAAGGCUUUGCUAAGGCAUUUGCUGAGGAAGCUAAAGCUAGAUAUCAGCAGGCUAAAUUCAAAGUAAUUGACUUGGAUGAUUAUGCUGCCGAUGAUGACGAGUAUGAGGAGAAGCUGAAGAAAGAGAAAUUAACAUUUUUUUUCCUGGCUUCUUAUGGAGAUGGGGAGCCUACCGAUAAUGCGGCAAGGUUCUACAAAUGGUUUACAGAGGGACAAGAGAGAGGAGAUUGGCUUAAGAAUCUAAAGUAUGGUGUAUUUGGUCUUGGGAACAGGCAAUACGAGCAUUUCAAUAAGAUUGCAAAAGUGGUGGAUGAUGUUAUGCUUGAGCAAGGAGGAAAUAGGCUUGUCCCUGUUGGCCUUGGAGAUGAUGACCAGUGCAUUGAAGAUGACUUUUCCGCAUGGCGUGAGCUAGUGUGGCCCAAGCUGGACAAAUUGCUUCACAAUGAGGAAGAUGCUACUGUUUCCACUCCAUACACAGCUGCAGUUUUGGAGUAUCGUGUUGUGUUUCAUGAUCAACUCGAUGAGAAAACAUCAGAAAAUGGCUCAGCAAAUGGUCAUGCUAAUGGUAACACAUUUUAUGAUGCUCAGCAUCCAUGCAGAGCAAACGUUGCUGUGAAGAAAGAGCUUCACACCCCUGCAUCUGAACGUUCUUGCACGCACCUGGAGUUCGACAUAUCCAGCACUGGACUCGCAUAUGAAACAGGGGACCAUGUUGGUGUCUACUGUGAGAAUUCGAUUGAAACUGUAGAGGAAGCUGAAAAGUUACUAGGCCUGUCUCCACAAACUUACUUCUCAAUUCACACUGAUAAAGAAGAUGGUACCCCUAUCAGUGGAGGCUCCUUACUACCUCCUUUCCCACCUUGCACUUUAAGGACAGCACUUACACGAUACACAGAUCUCUUGAGUGCUCCCAAAAAGUCUGCUUUGAUUGCCUUAGCGGCAUAUGCUUCCAACCCAACUGAAGCUGAUCGCCUCAGAUAUAUUGCGUCCUCUGGCGGAAAGGAGGAGUACACUCAAUAUGUAGUUGCAGGUCAGAGAAGCUUACUCGAGGUCAUGGCCGACUUCCCAUCAACCAAGCCUCCUCUAGGUGUUUUCUUUGCAGCAAUUGCUCCUCGACUGCAGCCCAGAUUUUAUUCUAUCUCAUCCUCCCCAAAGAUUUCACCAUCAACAAUCCACGUGACUUGUGCUCUGGUUUAUGAGAAAACACUAACAGGACGUAUCCACAGAGGCGUGUGCUCAACAUGGAUGAAGAAUGCUGUGCCUUUGGAGGAAAGUAGUGAUUGCAGCUGGGCCUCAAUAUUUGUGAGGACCUCUAAUUUCAAACUACCUUGUGAUCCUAAACUGCCGAUCAUAAUGAUUGGCCCUGGUACUGGCUUGGCUCCAUUCAGGGGUUUCCUUCAGGAAAGACUAGCUCUAAAAGAAUCUGGAGCAGAACUUGGUCCUGCUCUAUUAUUUUUUGGGUGUAGAAACCGUCAGAUGGAUUUCAUUUAUGAGGGGGAGUUGAACAAUUUUGUGAAGGCUGGGGUAGUUUCUGAGCUUGUCCUUGCAUUCUCACGUGAGGGGCCCACUAAGGAGUACGUGCAGCACAAGAUGGCGGAAAAGGCGGACGAAAUCUGGAAUAUUAUCUCUCAGAAAGGUUAUGUUUAUGUCUGUGGGGAUGCCAAGGGUAUGGCACGCGAUGUCCACCGUACUCUUCACACUAUUGUGCAAGAUAAGGGAUCUUUAACAAGCUCCCAAGCCGAGGGCAUGGUAAAGAAUUUGCAAACGACCGGAAGGUAUUUACGAGACGUGUGGUGAUAAUUCCUUAAUUUUUUCGAGAAAUAUAUGGUGAUAAUGAUGGGAAAGGACUAGGUCGUGGCACCUUGAUUCAGUAAUACCUUAUACCAACAUAUGCUAUUUUUCUUAACAUGUUCAUUGCAUCAGUUAGCUGUUUAGUUCUUUGUGAUUCUUUCGACUAGUGUCUCCCCAGGAAUUCAUUUGGUUCGUAAAAGUUUUUAUGUACACAAAUGUAACAAUGAGGCCGGUAUUAGGUUUAGAGUUGUGUAUUCUUGAUGAGCCAUGCAAGCAAGGAAGCUAGCUCUGAUUAAACAUGGUGUUUGUGAAGACUUGUGUGUAAUAUUAUUGUCAUUAGUGUAUUGAUUCAAGUUUUAAAUUUCAGCUUAAUUUCAAACCAAG